AUGAGGCCUGUGUGGUGCGGGAGCAGUAAGACCCGCGCCAUCUCCCUGGGGCUCUUCGCGCUCUGCCUGGCCGCGGUCCGCUGUCUGCAGAGUCAGGGUGUGUCGCUGUACAUUCCCCAGUCCACGAUCAAUGCAACCGUUGAAGAAGACAUCCUGCUCUCUGUUGACUACACUUGCCACGGGGUGCCCACCAUUGAAUGGAAGUACACGUCCAACUGGGGUGUGCAGAAGAUUGUGGAGUGGAAACCAGGGACUCCAGCCAACAUCUCUCAAAGCCACAAGGACAGAGUCUGCACCUUCGACAAUGGCUCCAUCCAACUCUUCCGUGUGGGCAUGAGGGACUCUGGCUACUAUGUCAUCACUGUGACAGAAAGCUUGGGGAGCAGUCAGUUUGGCACCAUCGUGCUGCACGUGUCUGAAAUCCUCUAUGAAGACCUCCACUUUGUUGCUGUCUUCCUUGCUUUGCUUGGUGCUGUGGCUGCAGUGUUAAUCAGCCUCAUGUGGGUUUGUAACAGGUGUGCAUAUAAAUUCCAGAGGAAGAGGAGACAUAAACUCAAAGAAAGCACAACCGAGGAGAUUGAACUGCAAGAUGUAGAAUGCUAG